AUGGAUGCAUCGACACGGCUAUACAAACGUCUGGGCGAGAUACCAGAAGACCCAAACGACCCCGAAAGUCUGGACGAUCUGAUAGUCUGCGCAUUCGGUGCUUUUGAGCGAUACUACGUUUGCUGGAAGACAAAAGGAGGAGAAUUUAGACAAGAUGGCCACGAACUCCCUCCCGCACUCAAAGACUGGCUCUACCCCACUAACGGCACUACACGAGAUUUCGCAUCCCUUCAAGUCGUCUUCGGCCGAGGCGAGGAAUACUUCGCAUCCGACAAGAACGGCAAGCUAGAGUACAAAGAGCCGGAACUGAAGAAGCCGGCGCCUACUGAGGAUGAAGAGAAACUUGAUCGACAGGCACUGAGACGAUCGAGAACGGUACCGCGAGCCGGUGUCGACGAAGACGAUAUCUCCAGCACCAGUCGAGAGCACACCAUUGCCACCAUCAUCACAGUCCGCCCUGAACCACGAACCCACGACAUUACAACAGAGUCCUCCACCUCAAUCAAGACCCACUUCAGAAACUCCCUCAUGCACAUGCAACUGCCACGCUACACCAAACCCCUCACCGACCCCGCAAAAACCCACCUACACUACCACCGCAACACAGACAUCACCUCCCCCUACUCCUCUUCCCAGAGAAAACCCAUCUUCAUCCUAUUGGCCAUCACAAGCGAACUACACUGCCAUACCUCAAGAGCCUUCCUACUACACAGACGAAGACUACGAUACACCACCCGUUUUCAUGGGGCGCAUGUCGACGUACUUUAG